AUGAAUGGCUGCUGCAGUUUAAGGUUCCCGGAAGACAAGUGGCUUGAUAGAUCGAGCGACUCGCCGAGUAUGAUUUUGAGAUCGAGCAUCAUGCUGGACAGCAAACAUCUGCAAGACGACGGAGCUGCAUUGUAUAACAAAAUUCCGCAUUCAUUCAAGCAACUACCACUUGCCGAGCACCUGAACACCUCAAGAGGAGUAACUUCCCUGUUCCAGAAGUUUGGAUGCCACUGGAGGUUCGAACAACAGCAGACAGGUUCGGAGGGUGCUGCAGAGUUACGGAUGGUAAGCGAUUCACGCGCUGCUCACUAUAGAAUGGUCCUGACCGACGACAACUCCUCAUGA